GAGCGGAGUCCAUCAGAGCGCUGGGCAGAGCGACUCCAAUCCCCGCCGCUGCUCCUGACUCUGUCUCCCUGCCUGACGUCAGCUGAGUCUCCACUCCCGUGGACACAACAGCGCGUAAAAAUGCUGCUCUCUGCGCCGCCAAGGACGGGAAUCAACGCGUACAACGGCUACACCGGCAAAAACAGCAAAAAGCAGACAUAUGUGUCCCCCUCCAACCAUCAGAUGGCUCCCCCAAGCCCCAACAAUAACAACAAUAUCAACAGCGCCACCAUUAGUAAUGGCAGCACCAACUAUGGGGGAGAGCAGCUCAGCAAAACCAACCUCUACAUCCGCGGCCUCCACCCAGGAACUACAGACCAAGAUCUGGUCAAACUCUGUCAACCAUAUGGGAAAAUUGUGUCGACCAAGGCCAUCUUGGACAAGACCACAAACAAAUGCAAAGGCUAUGGUUUUGUGGACUUUGACAGUCCAGCCUCAGCUCAGAAGGCAGUGACAGCACUGAAGGCGGGUGGCGUGCAGGCUCAAAUGGCCAAGCAACAGGAACAGGACCCCACCAACCUCUACAUCUCCAACCUUCCACUGUCGAUGGAUGAGCAGGAACUGGAGAACAUGCUGAAGCCCUUCAGCCAGGCCAUUUCCACUCGGAUCCUCCGUGACGCCAGCGGAACCAGCAGAGGAGUAGGCUUUGCCAGGAUGGAGUCAACAGAGAAAUGUGAAGCGAUCAUCCAACAUUUUAAUGGAAAAUUUAUCAAAACUCCCCCUGGUGUUCAAGGCCCACCAGAACCCUUGCUGUGUAAAUUUGCGGAUGGGGGCCAAAAAAAGCGUCAGAGCCAAGGAAAAUAUCUGCAGAGCGGUCGACCCUGGACAAGAGACGGAGAGUCUGGAGGAAUGACCCUCACUUAUGACCCCACCACAGCCUUACAGAAUGGGUUCUACUCCUCCCCGUAUAGCAUUGCCCCCAGUCGGAUGGUUGGGCCAGCCUCCCUUUCCCCGUACAUGCAUUCCCCUGUGUCCACUUAUCAGGUACAUAACCCAUCCUGGAUACAUCAUCAGUCAUACAUAAUGCCACCCACAGGAGCAGUCUUGACGUCAGGAAUGGACCACACCAUGUCCAUCCAGCCGACCUCCAUGAUAGGACCCCUGACACAGCAGCUCAGCCAUCUCUCCAUGGGCGGCAGUGGCACAUAUAUACCUGCAAACACAUCCAUACAGGGAACAUACAUACCUCCAUACACCCAAGUGCCUGCAACCAACAUCUCAGUUGAGGAAAGUGCUGUCCAGCAACCUGUUGCCAUAGAGACCCCUACCGAACACUCAACGUAUUCGUACCAGCAUAACAAGUGAAGAGGUUUAUGUGUCAGAUUAUCCUCUGGAGGCUGGGCCGACUGUUGGGAGACGGGGCGACGGCUAAAGUGAACUUAACGUGAACGGACCAGAAAAGAUGUUUCUAUAAACUAAUGUUUUAAGUCUUUUACUCCCAAAAAAGCGAAGCUGGAGACAAAUGAGAACCCGGGAAGAACAGAACAAGGAGCAACUUUGUUGAUAACAAUCAAGACACAUGAGUCACAUGCAGUACAUUCGUGUCAAAGGUCUUUUGGACUUCAUUACAUCUUUCAGAAUACUCCAAUAAGGAAGAAUGAAACCAGGUAAAGAACAUUUCAGCAUAAUUUUUUGAGUUCUUUUGUAAAAUAGGUUGUUCUUGCUUCCUUUUUUGUGUCAUUUUCAGGUUUUGAAUUGCCUUGUGUACAUAAUUGUUUUUUUUCCCAUUUUUUUGUCUUGAUUGGAUUCAUUGGUGCAGAUAUUUGAAGAGACUGAAUUUUUUAAAGGCAUAGCCUACCGCUCUCAUCAAGCAGACGGAUCUUUGUAGGAAACCUGGUCGGGGGGUGGGGGUGGGGUGAGGGUGGGGGUCCCCAGUACUGUUUGGCACUUCCUUAUAUGAAAGUCUCACGAAAGCUUCAGACAAUCAAGAGAUCACAAAGACAAGAGGAAUCUCAAGAAGAACGUUUCAAAGGAGAGGACUACUUUAAAAAAAUACGUUUAACCAUUCCAUAUAAUGUGGCGCGCAAGUCUUUUUUAAAGACCUCACUGUGAGCAAAAGACAACAUAAUUUCCAAGACAAAAAAGUUAAAUGUUGUAGAUUUUAACAUUAAUUCGUUUUAAAGUGGCUAUUUUAGCCCCAUUUUCUUCACUUUCUUGAUCUUUCUGUUAGUAGUAGUGGAGCUGUUGAUCAGUGGUGUCUAUAUGUAUCCAAUGAAAUCUUUUUUUACAUUUAAUAUUUUCUUUUCUAGCAGUUUGUCAUCUUUUUGUGAGAUGUUUAUUAAUUUUCCUUUUCAGAUAAUUCUUGAACCUUUUCUGUUGCCUUUGUUACUUUCUCAUGGCUUACAAUCAUUUUUUUGCUGGCUUGUUUUCACAAAAAGCUUAAGUUUAUCGGUUUUGGGGAUAAUUAAUAAGCUGAGUUAAAUCCUCAUAAUUGCACUUAAUUGCCUCUCCUUUUAGUUUGUUCUAAUUGUUGUUUUUUUAGUGUCAAAGGCAGGGGAGUUUCCACUUUGAAACUGGCUUCAUAGAGUAACCUGUGGUGCUGCCACCUAGUGGUAAACAUGUCCCGGAGCUCAGAUCUUUGGAAGUUUCCCCCUUACACCACACUCAGUUCAAACAUUCAAACAAGUGUUUCAGUUUUAACUUUUGGUGUUUUGGUUAUGUGUUGAUCUUCUGCUCACCAGACUGAUUAUUUUCAACAAUCUUUUGCACGUCACUGUAGGUUUAUCUGAGACGACAUAUUAGGGUUGCUUUGAGCUGCUCCACCUGAUGGAAUCCAAAGUUGCAAAACAGGGAUCAAGAGAAAACUCAGUGGUGCCUGUAAAUACAUCAAAUUCAUGUGUUUAGAUGUUUUCAGAUAAUUCGUGAGGUCAUCUUCCAGUCCAUUCAGUAACAAAAUGAAAUCAAAUGACAUUUCCCAUAAAAAUGUAUUAGAAGGAAGAUCUGAUUUUUUCCCCUGAAUCUACAGAAAAGGUUUUUCCGAAGCAGGACCUUUAGUACAGUACAUAGAUUUGACGAAGAAAGCAUGGCGAUCAACUGGAAAAUGACCUCCUAAAGUGGUUGAAAUGUGAUGUUAUUAACGGUCAACGGUCAGACUAUUUGUCUGCCUUUUUUUACCCGCCCUGCUCACCUUUUUUUUAAAAAGUUAUUUAAAAGGUUUGUAUUUUUUGUUUUAAAGCUUUGAGAUUGAUCAUAUUUUUUCAAAAAUGCUUUGAUUUUAUUUUUGAUAGUGUGUUGUGUGCAGAUAUAAAGAAAUAGAUGAUAGAUUCUUUUUUUUAAAGCAGUGAUUAUUUGUAUCUUGUUCUGGUUUCAGUGUUUAUGUGAAAGAAGCUUUAAUGUUUUUUCUUUUUGAUUGGCUUGUGUCACAAAUGUUGGCACUUUAUGAUUCCAGAUCACGGAUAAAACAUGUAUGUUCGGUUCCGAUGCCAAGUUACAGUCAACCCAUAACGUUGGGAUUAUAGUAGAAAAAAAAUGCUCAAAAAAACCUCGAUUUACCUCAUUCUGCCAGAACAUUGUAGAUUCAGUUUGUCUACAAGUUCUCCAAUGUAAAGACCAACUAUACACUCUUCACAGCUGGUUCUGUGUCCACAUCCUUCAACUCUUCUGUCCAACAUUAACCAAACACCCAAGGUCUGGAAAUCUAUGCAAUUAAUUUAUAUUUCAAGUAAUGCAAUAAAAAUAUUAAGAAAGCUAAAAAAAUGUCAGUAAAUCACACCAUAAUGUGGCUUUAAUCUUUUGUUUUUCCAAACAAAUGGAUAUUUUGUUUCACUGUAGGUUUAAAUUCUAAAUUUAAAAGGGAAUUGUUUCACACUUGUCAUGGGACAGCUGUGGCUCAUCAUCCAGUCUUUUCUUUUUGUUAACUCUUGAGAAAAUCUAACUUCACUGAAAUGCCUUAGAUUUGUCUGGAGGAAUAGUGAAGAGCAGCCUUGUUUGUGGGCUUAAUCUCUAACUGGAUUGGUUUAAACUCAAGAUAUUUCCUUUUACUGGACACAAAUACUUGUGUACAGGUGUUUUGCCGUUGUCAAAAUUCAAAAAACCUGAAGAAAAGCUGGGUUCUGGCAUGAAUCUCAACACCUACUGCUGCUAACCUUAAAGAGCUAUGCCCUUAUCUGAAGGUCAAUAUGUCACUUGGUCAACUUCUAAUUCACAUUCAAGGUCUGAAGUCUUUUUUUUUCAUUACCUUUUAAUGUUUGUGCCAUCCUCUCUGUUCUCUUCUUUUAAAGAAAAGAUCUUUACUUUUUUUUAAUAAAUGUUUUUUUCCACUG